CGGCGGGGAAAGGCCAGUGCUGGCGGCGGGGCCGCCAGGGAUAUGCGGCAGCGGCUGUUCCCUGUGCUGAGCCGGGCUCUGCCGGGCUGGACGCGCCCCUGGGCCACUCCGGCCUCGCGCUCUUUCCCUCAGGGCCGGCGGCGCAGCUCUCUCGGGUUUCAAAAGGAGACAAACAACAAAAUGAACAAUCCAGCUAUUAAGAGAAUAACAAAUGAAAUUAUCAAAUCACCUGAAGAUAAACGAGAAUAUCGUGGACUGGAAUUGGCAAAUGGCAUUAAAGCUCUUCUCAUUAGUGACCCCACCACAGAUAAGUCCUCAGCGGCACUUGAUGUCCACAUAGGAUCGUUGUCCGAUCCCCCCAACAUUGCUGGGCUUAGUCAUUUUUGUGAGCAUAUGUUGUUCCUGGGAACUAAGAAAUAUCCAAAAGAAAAUGAGUACAGCCAAUUUCUAAGUGAGCAUGCCGGGAGCUCAAAUGCUUUCACGAGUGGAGAACAUACCAACUACUACUUUGAUGUGUCACAUGAACAUCUAGAAGGUGCACUGGAUAGAUUUGCCCAGUUUUUCCUGUGCCCCCUGUUUGAUGAAAGUUGCAAAGAUAGGGAAGUGAAUGCUGUUGAUUCUGAGCAUGAGAAGAAUCUGAUGAAUGAUGCCUGGAGGUUGUUUCAAUUGGAGAAGGCUACUGGAAACCCCAACCAUCCCUUCAGUAAAUUUGGAACAGGGAACAAAUUCACUCUGGAAACUAGACCAACCCAAGAAGGAAUAGAUGUAAGGCAAGAGCUACUGAAGUUCCAUUCUACUUAUUAUUCAUCAAAUUUAAUGGCUAUUUGUGUCUUAGGAAGAGAAUCCUUGGAUGAGCUGACUUGCUUAGUGGUAAAGCUAUUUUCAGAAGUAGAAAAUAAAAAUGUCCCUAUACCAGAGUUUCCUGAACAUCCUUUCCAAGAAGAGCAUCUCCGGCAACUUUACAAAGUGGUACCCAUUAAGGACAUUAGAAAUCUCUAUGUCACAUUUCCUAUACCAGACCUUCAGAAGUACUAUAAAUCAAACCCUGGCCAUUACCUUGGCCAUCUGAUUGGGCAUGAAGGCCCAGGGAGUCUUCUAUCAGAGCUUAAAGCCAAAGGAUGGGUAAAUACACUUGUUGGAGGCCAGAAGGAAGGUGCUAGAGGUUUCAUGUUUUUCAUCAUUAAUGUGGACUUGACCGAAGAAGGACUUUUGCAUGUUGAAGAUAUUAUUUUGCACAUGUUUCAAUAUAUUCAAAAACUACGUACAGAAGGACCUCAAGAAUGGGUUUUCCAAGAGUGCAAGGAUCUAAAUGCUGUGGCAUUCAGAUUUAAAGAUAAGGAACGACCACGAGGUUACACAUCAAAGCUUGGAGGAAUGUUGCAUUAUUAUCCUAUAGAAGAAGUACUGGCUGCUGAAUAUUUGCUUGAAGAAUUCAGGCCUGAUUUAAUAGAGAUGGUACUGGAUAAAUUGAGACCAGAAAAUGUUCGAGUUGCAAUAGUUUCCAAGUCUUUUGAAGGAAAAACUGAUCGAACAGAGGAGUGGUAUGGAACACAGUACAAACAAGAAGCAAUUUCUGAUGAAGUUAUUAAGAAAUGGCAAAAUGCUGACCUGAAUGGGAAAUUCAAGCUUCCAAUGAAGAACGAGUUUAUUCCUACAAACUUUGAGAUUUUACCAUUGGAAAAAGAUGCAACACAGUAUCCUGCCCUAAUCAAGGACACUGCUAUGAGCAAACUGUGGUUCAAGCAAGAUGACAAAUUUUUUUUGCCAAAGGCUUGUCUCAACUUUGAAUUUUUCAGUCGCUACAUUUAUGCUGAUCCUCUCCAUUGCAACAUGACAUACCUGUUUAUCAGGUUAUUGAAGGAUGAUUUAAAAGAGUAUACAUAUGCAGCACGCCUCUCAGGUUUGGUCUAUGGCAUUGCAUCAGGAAUGAAUGCAAUACUUCUCUCCGUAAAAGGUUAUAAUGACAAGCAACAUAUCUUGCUCAAGAAGAUCAUUGAGAAAAUGGCUACUUUUGAGAUCGAUGAAAAGCGAUUUGACAUUAUCAAGGAGGCGUACAUGAGAUCACUUAACAACUUCAGGGCUGAACAGCCUCACCAGCAUGCAAUGUAUUAUCUCCGACUCCUGAUGACAGAAGUUGCUUGGACCAAAGAUGAAUUAAAAGAAGCUCUAGAUGAUGUCACCCUUCCCCGUCUCAAGGCCUUCAUAGCACAGCUGUUGUCACGGUUACACAUCGAAGCUCUUCUCCAUGGCAAUAUAACAAAACAGGCUGCAUUAGGAAUUACACAGAUGGUUGAGGACACUCUCAUUGAGCAUGCUCAUACAAAGCCACUCCUUCCCAGUCAGCUGGUGAGGUACAGAGAAGUGCAACUUCCUGACAGAGGUUGGUUUGUAUAUCAACAGAGAAAUGAAGUUCAUAACAACUGUGGCAUUGAAAUAUAUUACCAGACAGACAUGCAGAGCACUUCUGAGAAUAUGUUUUUGGAGCUCUUUUGCCAGAUUAUCUCGGAGCCAUGCUUCAAUACCCUGCGCACCCAGGAGCAGCUAGGUUACAUUGUGUUCAGUGGCCCACGUCGGGCAAAUGGCAUCCAAGGACUGCGAUUUAUUAUCCAAUCUGAAAAGCCGCCACACUAUUUAGAGAGCAGAGUUGAAGCGUUCUUAAAAACUAUGGAGAAAUGCAUAGAAGACAUGACAGAAGAGGCCUUCCAAAAACACAUCCAAGCUUUAGCAAUUCGUCGUCUAGACAAACCAAAGAAGCUGUCUGCAGAAUGUGCUAAAUACUGGGGAGAAAUCAUUUCCCAGCAGUAUAACUUUGACAGAGAUAACAUUGAAGUGGCUUAUCUAAAGACUCUGACCAAGGAUGACAUUAUACAGUUCUACAAGGUGCUGUUGGCAAUAGAUGCUCCCAGAAGACACAAGGUAUCAGUACAUGUCCUUGCAAGGGAAAUGGAUUCCUGCCCUGUUGUUGGAGAAUUUCCAUGCCAAAAUGAUGUGAACCUGGCACCAGCACCACCACUACCACAGCCAAGUGUGAUUGAAAAUAUGACAGAAUUCAAGCGCAGUCUACCGCUCUUCCCACUGGUGAAACCACAUAUCAAUUUCAUGGCUGCAAAACUGUGAAGAACCCCAAUGGAUGAAGAAAUGCAAAUGAUCAGUACUGACAUGGUUUUGGGGGACUUCGUGAUGAACAAAAUUAUUAAAUAUCAUUGGGAUAAAUGGUUCUGUUCAUUAUGAAAGUCCCAAGAAAUUCCUUCUUGGUUCAUUUGACAUUAGCUGUGUGUUAGGGAUAGAGUAUAUAAAAAUCAGUUGUGGUCAUGUAUCAUUUAUAUUACAGAAAACCUGUUAAAAACCAAAAUCAACUGACAUGAUAAUAAUAAAAAACUUGUAGAUGCAGUAUAUUUUUAAAAUAACAUAUCCCUUCAGAUUUUCAUUUUGAUGAAAUAACCCUCCAGAGCAAACGAAGUUGCUUGAAAUGGGCUUGUUUCUCCUGAAAAACACUGUUUAGUAUCCCAAUAAUUAUUUUAUUGGGAGUUGGAGGGGGUGAGAUAUGUAAGUCCUUUUUGGGAUGGGGUCAACAAUUUUUCUUAAAAAUAGAGACUUUCACAUUUUUUUGAAGUGACGUGUUGAAUGAUACUUUUUUAAUUGAUCCUUAAUGCAACCAACAUAUUUUCUAUUUAAGUUUUAUGAAGACCAGUGGGGCUGAAAAAAAGGAAAUUUGACAACACAGUAAUAGGUGAGAGAAUUGUGUUAAUGAGAAUAAUUGAAGAUAAGGGCAUGAUUUUAAUCUUUCUAUAUAAAUUUGGGGACAUUUUAUAUUAAAACUAGUAAAAUGCUGGAAACACUUUAUUAGUGCAUCUUAUUUUUGUUACCAAAAGUGUCAUCCCAGUCUCUUGAUACUGUCAACAUCCUGUUCAGUUUUAUAGCAUUACUAUGAACUGUCCAUUUGGUAUACCAAAUACUUUAUUUGGUGUCAUUUUUUGUUUUCAGUUGCAUAUGUGCUGAUGGAGAACUCAGUCUGUUUUGCCUCACCUGUUAUGUUGGGUCUCAGUCCAGCAAAGCACUCAUUAAUGCAAAUAACUUUAAACACACACUAGUUCUUUUCUCAAGAACAGGUACAUGUCAAAUAGGGGCUCUCUGAUGAGUCAGAGGCAUUUACUAUUUUGAUAUGUGUAUGGGUCCUUCUUGUCCUUCAGGAAGGUGUUUGGGACAGUGCAGUGCUGGGGUAGCAGUGCCACAGCACAGCCCGUGCUUCAGGUUACAUCACAAAGUGUUUGCUCCUACUUCUGGGAAGAAGGCUGUGCAGAACUCAGAAGGAUCAAGAACUCUGCUGUGAAAUAAUGUUUUUAUAUAUAUAGAUACAUAUAUAUAUAUAUAUAUAUAUUCCAUAAUGUAGUAAAAUGAUAAAACAAUAUAAGGUGGCUCAUCCUCACCAACUUUACUGACUUCUGCAGAGUGGUCUUGUGCUUGGGACAGCACCCAAAUAGGAAAAGGCGAGGAGUAUUAAGUUCUCCUACCUCUGUAAUACAUAAAGGAGAUGGCACUUACUCAGACAGGAGAGUAUGUAAAGCACUGAAGAUAUAAAAUCUGCUCAUCAGAGGUGUUAGUGAAAAUUUGCUUCUCACUAAAAGAACCUGAAAGUAAUGCCCUGAUGUGACAAGCAUGUGUGUCAAGCAUCAGAAUCCUGGUAUAGUCAGUGGGGGCUGUUCUUUGAAUCAAUGUUGGUUCUUAUAUUGGCUCUGAGGCCAAAUUAAGGGAGUGCUUGACAGGGCAAGGGCCUUAAGUUGGGUUUAUUUGAGAGUCUCUUCUAACCGAAUAAAUAUGGUGCAUUUAAAGGUAUUUUAAAGGUUACCGGUACAUGUUUCAGUAUCUUUAAUGAAUUUGAUGAGAGUUUGUGAUGUAACCUGUUGCCAAGGAAGGCCACUAGCAUCUUUUUUUAGCCUGGUGAAGAGGAAAAAGAAAUAAAUACAGUCUAAACAAAACCAGUCAAGGUGUCUCUGCUCACAUUUUUGAUGGAUCCUUCACAGGAGGCAUUUUGCCCUCUUGCAUUUCACUUUUGUUUAUAAUUUUCCUUUAGUAAAAGUAUUUGUAUUAUAUAUAUUAAAAGUUUUGACAACAUAUUAUAAAAAUAUAUAUUUUGGGAUUUAGUAUUUAAACAUACCACUCCUAUGGUGAAUACAAUGAAAUGGCUCCUAUUGUGUGUAAAAAUAAAUAUAUAUAUAUAUAUUCAUGGAAGUACUAUCAACUCUUAACAGAUUAUAUAAAUAAAUAAAUUGGAAUAGCAGUGUUUCUAACACAAGCUCACAAAUCAUGUUUUCCAGAGGGAAAAAAUGUAUACCUUCAAAGUUCUGUGACUGGAUGUGGAAAUCCAUGUAGUUUUCCAACAACUCUUAAUUGCUUUUAAGUGUUCUCCAGCAUUUUACAGUUUCUGAGUUUGAUAUAGCAGUAAAUUUUGAUAAACUCAGGCAUACUAAUGGGUUCAUUUUAAUGGAUCCAAAGCUGCAGUGUCUACAAGCAAUAAAGAACUACCUAGAAUACACUGUAAUUCAAUUUUAGUGCUUGUUAAUUAGUUUAUGUAAGAAACCAUAAAUUAUUAUUACAUAACUGUAAUUUUUGCAAGAGCUAUUUUAAGCAGUUGAUGUGGAAUUGGGUGCAUGUGACACAGCCAGUAUGACAGAGUGCUAGAGUUAUUCUGUUUACAAUAAACAAUCUGAAUUUAAUGUUUGGAGUUCUUAAUUUGUUUCAUUUUAAUUUUUGCAUACUGGUAAUGUUACAUCUAUCAGUGCAUGUUUUUUAUUAGACAUGUUAAACGUGAUUUUCUGCUGUCCAGUUGGACUAGUUAGGCCAAAUAGCAUUGCUGCAGAAGCACUCCCAGGCACUUCUUGGGAAGUUUCAGAGGACUUCCCCAUGGAAGAUCUUCUCUUAGAUCCAUCUCUGUUGCCCUCUUAAGUGUAUGAAAAUUAGUAAUAUAAAGGUAGAAAUAUUUGCACAAGACAGAAUUUUAAUUAUCAAAUCUAAAACUGUUAAUUUAGGGCUUGACUGCAGCCAGACUGAAUCUUGCCCAGUGCAGCUUUACAGUGUUGCUUUUGAAAAAUUACUUUGCCUGGUCGUUUUCUUUGUUCUAUGCACACCAAAAGACUACCUUUCAAAAGGUUAGAAGUGUGUGAUUGUUAAAGUAGUAAAUAAUGCCAAUUCUGACAGCAUAAAGAUACAAGUCAGCAGGCCCUCCUACUCUUCUGAGGGGGCUCCUUGAAGUAAUACAUGACAGUGAGCAGCAUUAAGAGAGACAGGUUUUGUCCUUGGCAUUGGGAGGAGUGGCUGGUACUCUCAGGGGAGAAAGAAGACGCCAGCAGCCCACCUGGAAAAUUACUUGUCCCCAACAUCAGGGCUUUGUCCACUCCCAGUUGUUAGGGGUCAGUGUAAAUCUUGACUUACUGACUUUACUGUCCUGCAAAAAAUCAAGUUAUCCUUAAUCUACUUUAACUAAUACUAUUAGCCAUAAAACUUGCUUGAGCAUAUUCAGAUUAUUUAAGUUCUUGGAUGUGAGCAGCCCUUAUUGGUAAUGUGUUCUACAGUGCAAUCAUAGCAUCUGGAGAAAGCAUUACACACCUUGUAAACUCUAUUUAUUAUUAUCUAGCUCUUGUUUUAAAACAGGAUCAGCAGAAUUUUACUUUACCUUUUCUCUCAUACUUAACUGGUUAGUAUGCUUUUGUGCUAGAUCUGCUGUAGAGUGAAAAACCUUUAUCUUCUACAUUUUUGUACAUUUUUCCCAUGGUCUUUCAGUGUGUGACCAUUGAGCUGAGUGUGUGACAUGGUCAUCCAUAGUGACACGGGGCUUUUGCUUGAGCUCAUACCUAAUGUGAUAUUCAAAUCCAGCUCUGAAAUACUUCGUUUGCAAGUCAGUUUUUCAACAUUGUUGCUAAUACAAGGCACCUCUGGGUAUUUUAAAGGCAGAAGAGAUCAGAAAGUCAAUAAUUUUAAAAUAAGCCUGGCCUAUGUAGAUCCUGCUGAAAGGCUUUUAUUUGAAACUUUUCUAUUUACCAUUCAAAGAAUGUAAGUUACAGUAUGUGCUGUGGGUGGAAUAUAAUGGUAAUAGUGGAUGAAAUUUGAAUUGCAGUUCAAAGGGACAAAGUGUGUAAGACCAAAAGCCUAAGAGAUUGCCAAAAUUAAAUCAACUUAUUUGAAGUCAAGCAUCUAAACAGAAUUCAAGACUGAAAGUAUUUAUGGCUUUCUAAAUUACAUUUCUAAGCCCAAGUGCAGCAUUGAAGGAUGUAGAUAUCACACUGAUGAGCAUUUGCCACUGUUAAUUUUUAACACUGUCUUUAGUGGUGCAGUGCAAAAUUCCCAAUUAAAUUCCUUGACUGUGGAAUGGGUGGGGGAAGAUACACAGCUCCAAGUGUAAGGAAGUGACCAGGCUUAGCCUUUGGGAAACUUCAGAGAGAGAGGCAUCCAAGUUUAAAUCUACAUCUUUCUGAGGAUUUGCCAUCACUUUACUGGGUAUUACAUGUGCUUCCUUCUGCAUCAGAUUUCUGUUACAGAUUUUCACUGUCUGCUCAGCUUCCUUUUCAGAAGGGGAUGCAAGGAAUUGUACUUGUCCAGUGACUACCAAUGGCAUGUAAAAUUUCACUGGAGCAGCAGCUGGAACUCAGGACUCUUUCCAGUUCUCCCUUCCACCCAUACAGGGAACUGUGUGUCCUGUGGUAUGUGUGGGCUCGAAUACACAUCUGCUCUGAUGGGGUACACAAAAUCAGAACAGGUUGUUCCACAGAGGGGAAUGAGGAGGUCCUCAGCCUAUGUUAAUAACCUGGAAAGUGGGAAGAACAAGCUAGGGAAGAGUCUUAUAGGAAAUGGAAAUUAGGUUGAUGUUUUGGUGACUUUAACUAACCACUGUGUUGUGUAUAGAAGAGCAUGUUUUAUAUGAAGUCUAUUGUAAAGGAUGGACUCAUAUGAUGGGAGGGAGAGAAGAGCUAAUAGUGAAUUUUAGAGCAUGUGCAAAAACGUUAUUGUGGGGUAUUGAAUGUAGGACAUCUGGGUUGUGCAAAUGUCAGUGAAAACUGAGGCAGCCCUUUGAAGAGGUAAAUUUUAGAUACGAUGCCUUUUAUUGUACAGAGAUCUUAGAAAUUUUCUCAAUAGUACUAAAAGUGGUGCACUUGACAAGGCAAUGUUGGAACUAGUUUAAAACACCAGAAAUACAAAAACAUUUCACAGUAAUAGUGCUCAAAAAUGCUUCACUUAAUCUUUUUUAAACUUUCCAACUGGCUUUGGAAUGAAAUAAGUUUAGCAGGACAGAUUUCAACCCAAAUGAUUAUUUGUGCAUGUAUGUGGAAACCAGGGAAGUUCACAAGCUUAGUGCUAAUCAGUGCUC